AUGUUUGAGAUGUUUUGGCCGUAUUAUAGAAACGUAAUAAUCAAUGAACGUCUUGUGCAACAUUCUCUCGCAGGAUGUGGCACAACGGCCUCAGGCUUAAAUGGAACAAUAACCAGCCUUACUCCACCACAGAGGCAACUUCACUUUUCUGAAUACAAAUGCAGGUGGAAGAUUGAGCUACAAGAAACACCCGAACCUCGACAUGUAGAACUGACAUUUGUGAGGUUCAAUAUGACUGGAGUUAUGCCAAAAUGCUUAGAUGGAGAUUAUAUAGAGUUAUUCCUCGGUUGUAACAACUCCAAGUCUAUUGGCAAGUUUUGCGGUCAGACUCUAUUACCUGUAGUGUAUUCUUCAGAUCACUGCCUUCAAAUCGUCUUUCACUUUUUUAUGGCCAUCAUACCUAGACGACGCUCCGUGUUUCAAGCCAUCUAUAAUCAACGAUUACUCUCAACAGGUAACAGGAUUUGAACUAGUUUAACAGCAUCAGGACUAGUCACUAAGAAACUGCCCUCUUAGCACAACACACACUACUCCGGCACACCUUGUCCUUAAAUACCCUGCACGUUUAUAUUGGAGGAACGUUGUCCCGGGAAAGAGGGUCACACUCCAAGCCCGGUGAACUUUAGCAAGCCAAGAGCUGUCAACAGCACACGCACAUACCCUGAUUGUUUGUUUGUUUAUUAUUAUUUUAUUAUUUUUUUUUCUAUUGAGGAUAGCAGGUCUAGGCGAGUUCCCCUUCUACCCGGGCUAAGUUAUGUCCAUAUACACCACUUGCCCAUCUCCCAUAAUGCACCUUAUUUUCUCCCUUCACCCACCCCCCCCCAAAAAAAAAAAAACUGCAUAACCUUUGUUUUUCAUUUCUCCUCGGCAUUAUAGCUGUCCCAAGGGAAAUUGAAAACGAUGCCUAUGCAAAAUAAGGUAUAUGGGAGAGGUGCAAUUGGUGUAUAAACGGGUCCCUUGGUGAGAUGACGUUAGAAAAGGAAGAUUGACUCAAUAGGUGAGAUUUUCAUACUUUUGCACAGGGUAGAGUUCGCAACUCACAGUUUUCUUUUAUACAGCCUUUUUCACUUUGUCUCUUUAGUCUAUGUCAGGAUUGAUCAAAUUCGCAAAUGACUUAACAUUAAACACGUAGCGAAUUUAACGUAAUUUAUAGCAAAUUAAAUGAUUACUUUCUUAAUUCUUUCUUUCAGCUGUAUCUCAAGAUAAUUGUAAGUACACCACUACGAAGCCAUCAAAAUUUUUCUUAUCAAUGCUCGCCUUUAGGGACUUCCGGUUAACGUCCGAAAAUAUUUAUACCUUUCAGUCGGAUGCGGCAAAGAUAACCACGCUUACGCAAAGAAUGGAAAUAUUUUCUCCCCUCAUUGGCCCCUACCCUACCCCCGGUACGUGGACUGUGUAUGGCGCGUUACCACCAGGCCUGGUUUCCAUGUGAAACUGGUGUUCUUUGACUUUGAUGUUAGAUCGAGUGACAAAUGUGCAGAAGCUGAUUUUAUAGAAGUGAAAACAGGAGGUAGGGUAUUCAAUGAGAGCACAAAUUCUAAUAAUAGUAAAAAAAGAAUGGAUAGUGCAGGCCAUUUUCUUUUUGCCGAGUACAGCACCUACUGGGUGGUCGGCAUCUUUGAAUUACUAAGUGGGAAAAAAAGAGAGAUCACUAAAUAGGCCAUAACUGUCCCCUGUUCGUUUUAAUUCGUAUUACGGUCGACCCCUCUACAAUGGCCAUCUCUUAGCUGUUUUGAGGCUGUGAGCGUGAGAGUGGCUGGGUGUUGUUGAUGAGGCUGUGCAAGAAGUUGGGUCAAAAUUUUUUCCCUAAACAUGCAAUUCGACACAGACGACCCAGUCUCAAGCGAAAACUAGAAAACGAGAAGGAAACUGGGCCGAGUUAGCUUUUGCAAAGACUUGCAAAUGAUGCGCUCUUGGGCUGUUGUCCCUGCCUCCAGUACCCAGAAGUCUUUGCCAAUGUUAACUAAACCCCGUUUUCUCUCCUUUCGAAAGUGGUCAGUGGGACGGAGGUAAAAAUGGUCUUACAGACCUGGGACAAGUUUCUCGAAAGGCCCAGAAAGCUGUUUUAUGUUUGCCGUGUUUGCAUUCAAGAUUUAAAUUUCAAUAAUUCUGAAAAUGGUACAAUGAAGCUAUCACUUAACGAAGCAAAAUUGACCGGUUUGUGGGCAAGGAACUGUGCUGAUAUUCAACAGGUUUUGAUUUUAAAAUUUGACUUCGGGCCCAACAUGUUUCCGGCGGUGUUAACAGUGAUAUGGGCAUCCCCAUUCCCAAAACUCUUGUGAUAUCAGCAUCCCCUUCUCGUAUUACGUUAGUGAUUUAAGUUUGCCCUAACCCUAAUCCUUACUCUAACCCUAACCCUGACCGCUAACGCUAACCCUUAAAACUAACCCUAACCCUACCCUAUCUAUAACUGUAAUGCUAUUUUGGGUAGGGACGGGAAAAGACCAAGGGGGACGGGCAUGGGGGGGGGGGGGGGGGGGGUAAACAGAUAGAAAUUCAUAAAAUUCUGUCUAAAGCCACUUCUACAAAAAUCCCUAGCCAAGAAACAACCAAGAAAAGAUACGGCAUAAAGAAACAACACAGUAAACAAACUAAGACAAAGGAAAAUCAGAUAAAUUACAAAAUUUUUGCUAACCCAGGCAGGAGUGUGAUCCAGGUAUAAAUGAAUAGUUCACAAUAGUAACCUUUUUUUUCUCACUUUUUUCUUCAUAUCAAUUUCCAAAGGCUUUAGCUCCAACCAAAGAAAGUCCGUAACGCAAUCUAAACAAUGUGGAACCAAACCACCCUUUAUCCUGAUAAUUGAAGAUGAUACGAUAUUUAUUCAAUUCAAAAGCCACGCGAUGACAGGAAAUAGAGGAUUCAUGGCUGGAUUUGUUACUUACAGCAUAGGUAAGAAUGGUGCCGUUAAAGUUCAACAGUAACAUGACAGUAAUACAUUGAUUUAGCCAAGGCCAAAGGCGAUGCUCUCGUGGUUUUUUUUAAAGUUACUUUUUCUUAAAUACAGUUUUCUAGAGCCUGCGAUCACUUUUAAAUACCAUAAUAGGUCAGGGGAAAAAUUUAAAAACACACUUCACCUCAAUGAGUUGUACACCUGAGCCAGUCAUGACACUGGUCAGCAAAUACCCUGUUUUGACAGAUGUCAGUUGAUCAUAACAUGGACGUCUAAUAUCAUGUUAAACACAAUUUGUUUUUGCCUUGGACUUACAAAGCUAGUAAGUGAGACAUUUCACUUCCGCUAACAUGAUUGGAGGCAUAGAAAACCUAAUUUCUUACCCAUUGUGCUCCGCUGAGAACUGCAUUCAAGGAUCUGCAUUUUUCCAGGUUUAAUUGCUUCAGUUGGUAAACUAUUGGUGUAAUCUAAAAAGUUACUUUAUUUCAGCACGUUCUUAAACAGUUUCUUAUUAUAGCGGAGCUCCACCCGCGCGCGAAGCGCGCGCGUGGGCAGAGCCCCAUAGCUAAGGAAAUGUGGUAAUCUACCCAUCCCACAAAAUUUGGUAAUCACGUGACCGUACACCGAGCGAGCGAGCGAUCGAGUGAGCGACCGUCCGUCCGCACCACAGGCAUACCAAUGUAAAAUAACUCAAUCAACAGGUAUGGGAACAUGCAACUCAAGGUUUUAGCUCAACUCAAGUCGUGUCUUUUUCGGCGUUACUUUUUAUGUGUACACUAACGUGGAUAACAGAGAAAGAGCUAGAGCGAGUUAUUAAAAAUUCGAAGGAAGAAAAACAUGAUAAUUCAAAGCGGCGGUGAGAAAAUGAGAAAUGUUAGCGGCCAGCAAGGUGAAAAUGAGCAGCAGUGAAAAUUAAAAGCGAACAUGAACACUGGAAACAAAAUAUUGGGUAAGCACAUACGACAAUUUCUGCAUAAAAAUAGUGUGUAACUAGGAAGUUUGACGUUUUAGUCGUACAAAACAGCGUUGUAGUCGUGCAAAACAACGGCAAGGGAAAGACAAAAAAGCGUGCUACACGUGCAAAUUUGUUUUUUGGUAAUUAGAAGAAAAAGUGUGCUGCACGUGCAAUUUGUUUUUUAGCUAAUUAGACCUAUUAGUCUUGAAGCCAUUUUCACUGUUGUCCUCCGUUUAGUAUUACACGAUUUAAUUUUUUUGUUUACACGUAUUAUUAACCAGAGCUUCGCUUUUAGCCCUGGCUAAAUCUGUAUAUUGUUUUUAUAAGAAUUCUACGGUGGUAGAAUAUUGGUAAUUGACCACUCCAGAAAAUACCAUGACAUACCAUAAUGCUCUUUGUUUGUCACCCCAAAAUUUUGCAUAAGUAUUGUCUUCAGUUUCUCUUGAGAGUUAAAAUGGCCCCAAGAGAAACUGAAAACAAUGCUUAUGCAAAAUUUUGGGGUGACAAACAAAGAGCAUUAUGGUAUGUCAUGGUAUUUUCUAGAGUGGUCAAUAUAAGGUUUGUGUCUGUCUUAGUGACGUGUGCAAUCGAAACACUAGCCGGCGUCGUUGUCGGGAUUAGCGGGCGAUGGGACCAAGAAAGUCCUCCGAACAUAACAAUCCUGCCAGCUACGCAAAUUAAAGCAAACACAAACUCUAUUUCAAGUUCUCUCUAAUUUCUUACACAGAGGAAAAGAGCAAUAAAACCAACGUUGUCAUCCUGCUUGGCGUGAUAUUCUUAGCUCUUCUAGCACCUCUUGGAAAGGCUCUUCUCCAAAAGCUGGUAGACAGAAACAAGUUUACGAGAAAGAAUAUUUUUUACCGCUUUAGACGGCGUUCUAAAACACCAAGUAUCUCACCUAGGAUCUCAAACCUAUGGAGAGAACCAUAUGAGGUCGCGCCCGACCGGAUAUCAGUAGCUACUCAAGACAAUAAGCCCUUCGACGUGCCGUGGACAAGAGAAGAACGUUCACCAAGUAAAACCUUUACAAAGACUGUAACGUUUGGAGCAGCUGCGCCACAGAUAGGCAUUGUUCAGUGA